AUGGCGGCGGUACUCCCCAAACUCAGUUGUGUUGUACAUGCGGCUGCCACGUUUGGCCGCCGGCGGCGCCGUCAUGAGCGACUCUGCGAUCACUUGGCUGAGGAGGUCGUAGCUAUUUUCGUCCGCGCAGGAAUUGCGGUCUCCGCGCGCACCCCGCGCACAAUGGCAGCCGCGGUGCCGGAAGGCGCAGAGCACGCGGGAUACCCGUCGCUUCGCUGCUUCGCGGGUUCUUCUGAGCAAGUCGGAGCCCAUCAUGGCGCUGUGGCGCACAUUAACGCGUUUGUGGGAUACCGAAGUGAAGAGAAACGCUCCUCCCGUCCCAUAGCAACGAGAUUGCGACACUCCCAAGCACCUUUCCCGUUUGCCGCAUUGUGUCAACGCGAGUAUUGCAGUGCGCAUCUGCAUGAGGAUACGUAUGAUGAACAGGAUCAGGUGAUCAAGCAGCCGGAGAAUGUUGCGAGGUCGCAUGAUGCUGAGACGGACAUUGUCCUCGCGGUGGAACGCCGAAGCUCAGGCCAUGACGGUGUUUUGGACCCAGGGGAACUGUACCGUCUCGCUGUUGAUGAUGGCCAGAGUCAUCUUCGCCCAAAUCGGCAGAAGGUCCUCCGCGCUGCAACUGUUGGGGCCCAACAAGCGACCGUUGAUUUCCUUCGGAUGCCUCGAUAUCUGAGGGAAGAAACUGGAGUUGAUCGCUCUGGCAGGGCGAUCUUGAACUCCAGUUUCUUUCACCGGCAUGAACAUGCCGAACAGACUGGAUACUGCUUUUUUCAGAAGCACAUUCUUCACGAGAGUCCCGAUCCGUACGAUGACUACGUCUUCAAGAUCCUCGAGCAGGAGCGCCUUCGCCGUCGUGUCACGAAGUUGUCUGCCAAAGACCAGCGGCAGCAGCUCGCCGGCAUCCAAAAGAAUCCUAAGCCAUCGCCCAUCGAGUCUCUCAUAGUCGCUGUAAAGGCCCAAUCAGCCAUCCAAGGCAUCAUGAACCUCCUCCCGCGAAUAUCCUCGAACAGCACAAUCGUCCUCCUGCACAACGGCAUGGGCGUGUACGAGAAUCUCAUCAAGGCCGUCUUCCGCAACCGCGAGCAGCGCCCCAACGUCGUCGUCUCCGUUAACAAUCACGGUGCAUUCCUUAAGCAAGAGGGGCACGUUGUGCACACCGGUGUGGGCGACAUCAAGCUCGGCAUCGUCCCCGACCCCAAGGGGCGCGACUUCGAAGUGAGCCUUGACACUUCCCUUCCGAAGGAGGACCAGAAGCUCAGCCUCGACGACAUCGCGCCGCUCAGUGGCGACCCUCUCGCCCAGCGUUACUCAAUUUGUGUUUGA